AUGUCUGAAACACAACUUUCUGACCAAUAUAUUCACCAGAGCUCGCUCAAGAGUGAUCCGGAGAUUAAGGUCUCCUCUGGCAAGCUCGUGUCUUAUGUUAUCGAUCUUAACCAAGGUUCGUACCAAAACGGUGUUUUCACUAUCGACGCUACGUCCCAGAUUAAUGGUAGUGUGGAAUUUGCCUGUCUCCGCGAUGCUUACAUUAUCCUACCGUACAAGUGGCACUUUAACGUCAUCGAUUCGAUGUCGCUUGAGCUCAAUGGUAAAACCAUUGUCUCGAUGGCAGACUACAAGCUAUUUUGGAGCAAUAUCCGUGCUCAGACUGGGAACAGCCCUCAGUAUGUUGCGAAGCAUGGUGCUGAAGCGUUUCUAUACCCAAAUGCUGCUCAAUCAACCAAGUACAGUAGUGCAGCCGCUACUACCGGAGACGGGUAUUUGAAUAACACAGCAGUAGCAAAAGAUGGUUUUACUAAGCGUCUUAUCUCUAUCCCUUCAAAUGCUGGAGCUGACUCAUCUACGUCGUGGCCUUCUACUGCUGGCGCUGAUUCACCUGGUGCUAUUAUGGGGACGUGGAGCUAUAUGCUUAAUAUUAAGCUUGUUGAUUUACAUCCGAUUUUCAAGGAGCUUGACUUGAUGGCUGAUCCACAUAUUCGCCUUCGUUUCCGCGUUAGCCAAGGCACUUCAGCUAUUGAUUGGCAAUGUAUGUCCAGCAAUGUUUCUUGGGGUGCUGUGGCUGACUCGUUUGAGGCUACAAUUGUUGGAGCCUACAUGCCUUCCACCACUUCUCGACUGUAUGUUCCUUUCGUUCAUUUGGAGGACCCUCAGGCCAUCGUCUCUAAGCCCGUUAAAAAGGUUCGAUACAACGAUUCCUAUGCCCAAUGGCUCUACCAGCGCGCUGGUAUUGGUAAGCCGUCGACUCAGCUCAAUGCUGCGUUUGAUCUCCAGCUUUCGGCUUCUGUUAAAAACGCUAAGUAUGCUAUCCUCCCUCCUUUUGCCGAACAGACCGGUUGUUUUGCUUCUGCUGCUGUCCAAGCGUUUCAGAGUUCUUUCGAUUCGGCUCCUUGGACUCUUCACCCUGGCUCGAGCAUUCGCAACUUUAACGUCCGCGUUUGUUCGCAACAGACUUUCGACAUCAGCCAUGACUAUGACUUCCACCACUUUACUAACGAGAUCGCUAAGAUUGCUUCGAUUAACGGUGAACUAACGCCCGAGCUGGUGAUUGGUCUUCUUGACUAUCAGACGUGGUCUCUAACUAACCGCGUCCUUAUCGCUGACGUUAGCCGCCUGAUGGAGCGUGAUGUACCGCAGGCUAUUCACGUUCAGGGUCGAACAAGGGCUAACGCUGGUUACCAGGCAACCAACAUGCUUGUAUUGGUUGUGAAUGAACAAGAGCUAGCGCUGGAUCGCUUAACCGGGACAAUUUUAGAUUUUACCACUGCUUAG